AUGGCUGUGCAGAUGACAUCAUGGGUUUUUGUAAGGGGGUAUAUUGCUGUGAACAAUAACUUCAACUUCAUCAUAGGUUCUGGUACGAAGCUGAUAGUGAAGCCAAAUCUUGAUAACGCUGAACCUUCCAUCUAUAAACUAAAGCCGGCCAAGGAAGGAACAGAAGAUAUAUCUGCCUGCCUCUUCACCGACUAUUUUCCUGGAAACAUCAGCGUGGGAACCAGUCCAAAUAACUUGGAAGGCGCCAAAAGCUCCAUUGUUGUCAUGAAAGAAAAUGAGAAAGACCAAGGCAGCUAUGGGACAGUCCUAUGGGGACCCACGGACGACAAUUUUCAGUGUUCUGCUGCUCAGGGCAGUAAAACCUUUACAGAUGAAACAAACGCUGAUGCAGGCGACUGUGUAAAAAGACAGGGGACGACCCCGGGUCCCACUCCAGACGUGGCUCCGCCUCCAACUUUUGAGACAGAUGAACAGCUGAAUCUCCUCUCUCUCACCGUGUUGGGCCUGAGAAUUAUUUUCUUCAAGAGUGUUGCUUUCAACCUGCUGUUCACCUUCCGCCUGUGGUCAAGUUGAGCUUAGAAACGAGAGGAAAACAAGGAGCAUCUCUGGGAUACUGUGCAAGAAACCCCCAAAACAGACGCCUCUCCAGCAAACACGGAGAAGGACAUCUACGCUCGGUUGAAGAGAACUAUGCUACAUCCUUCCUGCAUUCCUUCCCAGCUAGGGUGGCCAGUUUUAAUUAUGGCAGGGAAAAACUUCACCU